AUGUCCCCCUCUACACUAACCGCUGGCAAGCACACGGCAACCUUGAACGGUUUGAAAAUCCACUACACCACCCUCGCCGACUCCCCAGGCCUCCCGCCCAUCCUCGUGCAUCCACCGCCCUGGGGCGUCGGCGCCGAACUAUACAUCAACACCUUUGCCCGCCUCGCCUCCAAAUACACCGUGAUCAUCGCCUCCCCACGCGGCAACGACGACUCUGACCGCCCUGCCUCGCCGACAGAGAUGUCGUCCCGCCACGUCGUCUCCGACCUCGAAGCCCUGCGUGAACAUCUCGGCCUCGACGCGUUCCCCGCCCUGAUAGGCCACUCCUCCGGCGGAACCGUCGCCCUAGGCUACGCGAUCGCACACCCCACGCGCGUGCGACGCCUCGUCCUGCUGAACUCCGACCUCCUAGGCUUCCCCAGGCAGGACGUGUCCUUCUUCCACGAAGUGCUAGGCCAUUUCGCGGCCAGUCCUCCAACCACGGACGAGACCUUCCGCGCGUUCAUGCUCCGGAUCAUGCCGCUACGAACCGCAGGGAUAGAGUCUUCAAGCAAUUUCUCGAAGACAUCCUGCAAAAUUGCGGUGCUGCAUUGGUCGUCCUAUACUCCUCGCAAAUCUCAAAGCGAACGACUAUCGAGUUGGACAACCAGAGCAGGAUCGCGUUGUUAG